UUGUUAUAUGGAUGACGCAUACCCUAUACAAAAGCAGUGAAUAAAUGUUAUGUGCAAUUUUGGAUUCUAUAAUCUCUAGGCGUAAUUAGUUCAAUCUUGUGAUAGAGGGUUUUGUUUUACAUCUAGCGUAAUAAGAACUAAACAAAAUGAGUUUCCUUGGUAAGCUCUUCGGAGGCAAGAAAGAGGAGAAGGGACCAACAACACACGAAGCUAUACAGAAAUUACGUGAGACGGAGGAGCUGUUAAUCAAAAAACAGGAGUUUCUAGAGAAAAAAAUCGAAGGAGAAAUACAAACGGCUAGGAAAAAUGGCACUAAAAAUAAGAGAGCGGCGAUUGCUGCGCUCAAACGUAAGAAGCGUUAUGAGAAACAGCUCACACAGAUCGAUGGGACACUCACACAGAUUGAAGCGCAGAGGGAGGCACUAGAGGGAGCCAACACUAACGCUCAAGUGCUCAACACAAUGAAGGAGGCGGCAAAUGCUAUGAAACUGGCUCAUAAAGAUAUCGACGUGGACAAAGUGCACGACAUUAUGGACGACAUCGCAGAACAGCACGAUAUCUCACGUGAGAUUACCGAAGCUAUCAGUAAUAAUGUGGCCUUCCCCAAUGAUAUUGAUGAAGACGAGCUUGAGAGGGAAUUGGAGGAGUUGGAACAGGAGGAACUAGACAAAGAAAUGAUUGGAAUCAAUGUACCAGCGGACAAUCUACCAGAUGUGCCCACCGCGGAGCUGGCCACCGAUAAGCCUAAACCUAGCAAAUCUAAGGAGACUGAGGACGACAAAGAAUUCGCGCUGCUACAAUCCUGGGCUACAUAAAAACCUCAAUAAUAAUGUGCUUGUGAUAAAAUGCAAUUCAUAUAACUGGCAUGCAUACAGCUUAAAUAAUUUCUCACUAUAUAAUAUAAUAAUAUGUUAUAGGGGUUGUACAUUGUUCAUAUAAGAAUUUGUUUAGAAAUAAAAAUAUUUUUUUAAUGUU